AUAAUUACUAGCUUACUCUUUCCUCUUUCUCUUUUUCUCAGUUCUUUGUUGCUGUCUGAACCUCCGUCUGGCUCAACGAACCGAUCAAGAAGUCUCUAGAGAGUUCAGACGAGCCUUGAAUGGAAUUCAUUUUCAUUUUUUACGUUCUUCUCUACAAUGAACAAUGAUUUAGCUGUGAUAUGUUCUAUACAAAAUGUGAAAAGCUCAUGGCUUUACAUCACAUUUCAAAUCUCCCCGAUUACAAGUUUUCCGGUAUAUUUAACUGCAAUUCUUUUAAUUCUGAAGAGCAAAUCGAAACUGGUUUUAGCUGUGAAGAAGUUGUUUUUGAGGCAGAUAGUCAUCAACUACAUAUUUCUAAUUCUGAUCUCAGUAAUAGUAUGCCCAAUACUUGAGCCGCCUGUCCCCGGCUAUUACAUGACUGGGCUUCUCGCAACUUUCGAGAUGAAUGUUGCACUUCCGUUGGUGUUGAUGACUCAUGUGGUUCUUUUAGUGGCUAUAUCAAUCAUGCAACUUCUCAAACACCAACUCAUCACAAUUUCCGACAUCCGCUUCACACAAAAAUUCGAGAAACCAGUAAAAAUACUCAUCAAAUUCUACAAACUCUGCACGAUUUUGAUGCUCAUUGUAGCUAUUUCAAUUCUCCCGGCCCUGACAAUUCAGCUGGAUUUUUAUAAUUUCCGUCAGAGUGCCUAUGAGUACUUCAAAAAUCCAAUGGUCCUGUGCGACGAUAUGUUCAUCGCCGAUCAUCGUCACUGGAAGAUUUAUGUUCCAUACUUUUGUUCGCUAAUUUUUGGCGCCUGGUGCUCGAUAACUGGCGUCACAAGUGUGUUUACUUGUCUUUUGAUGAUUUAUGAAUCUCGAAAUAUUGUCUCCAAGGAGACUCUUAACAUGCAGAGGAAUUUUACUGGAAUUUUAAUUUAUCAGGCUCUGGUAUACAUUAUUUUCAUAAUAGUGCCAGUCGCAGUCAUAUCCACACUUUUCUAUGCGGAUAUUCACAUUACAGACUACGGGCUUCCCUACCUCCUCAUGAUUUGCUCUCAAGGAACAAUUAACAAUAUGAUCCAUAUUGUACCAGGAAUUCGAAAAAUUUUGUGCAAAAAGGGGCAACAGUCGGCCACGGGGCAAAAGGAUAUUGCACUUCGAUCGGUGUCUGCUUCUGUUUUGGUUACCUAAUUUUAGAAAUAAUAUAUUUUCGGUCUUUUGAUUCGCUUUAUUCCGAGUUAUUACAGCUUGUAUUUACAUUUAAAAUAAAUUUUAGAAAAAUCAAAAAAAU